GUUUUAGAACGACCAUCAAGCAAUAUCGCCGAACCUGGCCAUUUCCAGUAUUACAUUCUCGCUUCCAUGGGAGCAGUCUGGCUCAUCGUUUUUAUAGCAACAUGUUUUGGCGUUCGUUGGCUCGGAAAGGUCAUACACUUCACGUUCAUCAUGCCAGUGGUACUGCUUUCGCUGCUUCUUGUGCGCGCACUCACACUUCAAGGUCUCACCGAAAUAUUGGUGAAAUUUUAUCAAACAACCAAUUGGCAGCGGAUGGCUGAUUACUUGGUAACUUCUGUCUAUAAUUCCUACUUUUUACUGGUAAAAUAA